UUUUCUGUUAACUCUCAUGGAGAAAUAGAGCUCAUGGUUUAAUCAAGGCUGAACUCCAGGUAUUUGAUGAGUGAAUCAUCCAAGAACAAACACUGAGUGCUGAUAAAACAAAUUAGGAGAAAUGUGUGCCUAGAGGUCACCCAGGUGGGAAUUCCCCUGCUUAUGUUGUCAAGGUUGAGAGGUGAAGUGGAAACGGAACAGCAGCCUGAGAGGAAGCUGGGCAAAGAGUGAUCAGCAAGAGAGAGACAAACACAGCAUAAGUUAACUGGCAUGCAGGCACUGGAGCUGCAGGUGGCACCUCUGGGAAUCUUUUCAGCACUCAGGCAAUAUAAUGACGACAUACACCUGGCAAGUGUUGGCCAUCUGCAUGGUCUUAGCUGCAAGCCUCUCCAAGCAACAAGCCCUGAAGCAAGCUUGUCCUUCAUGUGAUGCCAGUCAGCUUUGCAACUGCUCCUCCAUGGGCUUGGAAUUCAUUCCCCCUGGGCUCACGGCCACAAUGACAGUGUUAAACCUGACCCACAACAGGAUAAAGCACAUCCAGUCCCAGGACCUGCAGCAGGCUGUGAACCUGAGAGUUCUGCUGCUGCAGUCCAACCAAAUCAGCUCCAUAGAUGAAGACUCGUUUCAGUCCCUGACAAAACUGGAGAUCUUGGACUUAUCCAAUAACAGCUUGGCUCACUUGUCCCCUGUGUGGUUUGGGCACCUUUUUUCACUGCAGCACCUCUAUCUUCAAGGCAAUUCCUACAGAGAUCUGGGGCAGGGCUCCCCCUUUUCUAGCCUGAGGAACCUGAGCUCUCUCCACCUGGGCAAUGCGCAGUUCUCUGUGAUAAGGCAAGGGAACUUUGAGGGCAUUGAGCUUCUGCACAAGUUGUGGAUUGAGGGUAGCAAUCUCAGUCAGUAUGAGCAGGGAAGUUUGAAAUCAAUUAAGCAGAUAAAUCACAUGAUCAUAAAUAUAGGAAGUAUUAAUACAUUCUCAGAAAUCGUUAGGGAUCUUGUGCACUCUGUUGCUUGGCUGGAAGUGAGAAGAAUAGCGUUCAGUAUUGCUUCAGAAAUGCAAGAAUUGAGAGUCAUGUCUUCAUCUUUUGCAAAGAAAAUUUCUUUUAGACAGGCUUUACUAACAGAUACUACCGUGCCUGAGAUUGUCAGCAUUUUAGAAGACAUGCCAAAGUUAGUGGAGCUGGAGCUGAUAGACUGUAGACUCUUGGGAACUGGACAGUGGAAAAUGGAAAUUCAAGCAAAGAAAUCACAGACACUUAGAAUUUUCACAAUAAAGAAAUUAUCUAUAGAAGAAUUUUACUUGUUUACAGAUCUUCAGGCUGUGGAAGGUCUACUAUCUCCUUUUACAAGGGUUACAGUUCAAAACACUAAGGUUUUUUUGGUACCAUGCAGAAUUUCCCAACAUCUUCAGUCAUUAGUAUAUCUUGACCUUAGUGCAAAUUUGCUUGGAGACCUGAGUUUACAACAUUCAGCCUGUCAGGGUGCUUGGCCAUCACUGCAAACUCUAAAUUUAAGUCAGAAUUCACUGAAUGACUUAGAAAUGACAAGUAAAAGUUUAUCUCAUCUAGGAAACCUAAUUGUUUUAGACAUAAGUCUAAAUAAUUUUGGUGAGAUUCCAGAUGCAUGUGAAUGGCCAAAACUGCUGAAAUAUUUAAACCUGUCCAGCACUCAAAUUCCUAAAGUAACAGCCUGCAUUCCUCAAACGCUAGAAGUUUUGGAUGUCAGUGGAAACAACCUGAAGGAGUUUGGGCUGCAGCUGCCAUUUCUGAAAGAGCUGUACCUCACAAGGAACCAGCUGAAGACCCUGCCGGGUGCCGCACCCAUUCCAAACCUGGUGUCCUUGUCCGUCAGAAGAAACAAGCUGAACAGUUUCUCCAAGGAGGAGUUUGAGUCCUUCAGGAGAAUGGAGCUGCUGGAUGCUAGUGACAACAACUUCAUCUGCUCCUGUGAGUUCCUCUCCUUCAUCCACCACGAGGCCGGGCUAGCCCAGGUGCUGGUGGGGUGGCCGGACAAGUACGUGUGUGACUCUCCGCUGGCGGUGAGAGGGGCGCAGGUUGGCUCCGUGCACCUCUCCCUGAUGGAGUGCCACAGGUCCCUGGUGGUGUCGUUGAUCUGCGUCCUGGUGUUCCUGCUCGUCCUGCUGCUGGUGGCCGUCGGCUACAAGUACCACGUGGUCUGGUACCUGCGGAUGACGUGGGCGUGGCUGCAGGCCAAGCGGAAGCCCAAGCGCGCCCCGCCGAAGGACGUCUGCUACGACGCCUUUGUCUCCUACAGCGAGAACGACUCCGAGUGGGUGGAGGACACCAUGGUGCGGGAGCUGGAGCAGGCCUGCCCUCCCUUCCGGCUCUGCCUGCACAAGCGGGACUUUGUGCCGGGGAAGUGGAUUGUGGACAACAUCAUCGACUCCAUAGAGAAGAGCCGCAAAACGCUCUUUGUGCUGUCCGAGCACUUUGUGCAGAGCGAGUGGUGCAAAUACGAGCUGGACUUCUCACAUUUCCGCCUCUUUGAUGAGAACAACGAUGCGGCCAUUCUCAUCCUCCUGGAGCCCAUCCAGAGCAAGGCAAUUCCCAAGAGGUUCUGCAAGCUGCGGAAGAUCAUGAACAGAAAGACCUACCUGGAGUGGCCUCUCGAAGAAGACCAGCAGCAGAUGUUUUGGUUUAAUUUGAAAAUAGCUCUAAGGUCCUAGACAGGGACAUUAAGAAAUAAAUAUGUAAUGAAUUUACUCUAGAUUUAUUUCACUUGCCUGUUUGUUCCAUCACUUAUCUGCAUCUCAAGAACAGAAAGCCGUGCUACUGCAAAUUCUAACACUUCUUGUGAGAUAACUACUUUUUGUAGCUCAUAUUCUGAAUAGUUGUAUAGGUUUGGGCUGGAAGAGAAUUAAUUUUCUUCAUAGCUCCUGUGUGGUGCUGUGGUUUGUAUUUGUGCCCAAAACAGUCUCCAUAACACAGUGGCUUUAUAUUUAUUGCUCAACAAUGCUUGCACAGCAUCAAGGUGUUUUCUGUUUUUCAUGUCAUUCUGCCAGUGAGCAGGUAGGGGGUGCAUCAUAAUUUGGUGGGGGGGACACAGGGAGGACAUCUGAUCCCAGCUGACCAAAAGGAUGUCCCAUAUAUAAUGUCAUGACCCAUGACAAGAAAAUCAGCACUAACAGUUGUGGGAAAGAAAGAGUAAUGGAGGAUAUUUGGAGUUACCAUAUUUGCCUUCCCAAGUAAAAGUUCUGCGUCAUGGAGUCCUGCUUUCAUGACAAUAGCUAAACAUUUGCCUGUUGAUGAAAAGUAGUAAAUUAAUUCUUUCUUCUGCUUUGCUUGUGACCACAGCUUUUACUUUACCUGUUGAACUACCCUAAUCUGAACUCCCAGGCUUUCUCACUUCUACCCUUCAGAUUUUCUCCUCUGUUCCACUGGGGGGAGAGUUAGAGAGUGGAUGUGUGGUGCUGAGCUGCCUUCUGAGGUUAAACAGGAGUAGCUGUCUACAGGUUAAGCAGCAGUAUGAGCAAAAGCUGCUUCAUUUAAAUAUUUAAUGAUGAAAAGUUGUUUAGAUAUACAGCUCUGUAGUUUACAUGUCUUCAUCUUUACAAAAGUUUCAGAAGAGAACUGAGAGAACCUGCCUAGCCAAGGGUUUUUCACAUUCUUUGUAUAAACCACUUUUCAUCAAGUGCUAAAAAUCAUUUUAUGCAGCAAAUAAUUUUGUCCUAGCUCUCCUAGUCAGUGAAUCUAAGGACUGAUUCUCUUUAUUUCAUUGUCACAGAAAGUUAAAUACCCAGAUCUCCUGAAAAUCAUGGCUGCAAGGCAUAAUAUAGAAAUGUGCUUUCUCUCUGCAGUUCUGUCUGUUGUAGCUUUUAGUUUCUAUAAUUUCCUUUACGAAAGACAUCUAUGGAGGAUGAUUUCUGUCUAAUUUCAUUGUACUAUAUGUGGCAAUAGA